CUGACUCGGAGCUUGAACUGCUUUGGAAUAGAUCCAGGUUGUUAGAUGUCUGGGGGGCAUUUUAGCUCAGUUUCUAAAGGCCACGUAGAGGGUCUCUUUGGUGGAAGGAAUUCCUCACUGAGGAUACAGUUUUAAAGCAUUUCUCUCUCUCAAUAAAGACUGGUGAAUAGACCUUCAUGAAAGAACCUAAGAAUUUAGUCUUCCAGGACUCAAGAGGGGUUCUAGACUUAGUCAAAGGUCAUAGACGGAGAGAAAAACACCUUAACUCAGAAGGUCUCUCAAACUGAUCUGACUUAAGAGGUCCCUAGAUUUAAAAUCUUGCAAAAAGAUGAGUGCUGAGAAACAGAGACAGUUCCUACACUGAGAAAUUUCCAUAUUGAGGUCUCAAAUUAAGAAAGACUUAAGAUGAAAAUUACAGGGCCUGAGAUGCCAGAGACACCUGGGCUAAAUGAGCUACUUCAGUAUGCUUAGUGUCGCCUCAGUGUCCAAUAUAAUGCAAUGACUGAGAAUGCUGUAAUUCUGGCCACUUAAUAAUGAUCUUAAGUUAACUUAUCUCUGCACCUCAGUUUUCUUAUCUGUAAUAAUGGUGAUAAUAAUAGUACCUAUCUCAUUGGGUUAUUGUGAGAAUUAAAUGGGUUAAUACAUGAAAAAUGCUUAAACUAAGUACUCGGCGUAAAGCGAGAGUUGGAUAUAAGCCAUCAUUACUAACCAGCUGGGAAAACUUCAACUGGAUUUGGCGUCUGGGCAUCCAACUGGAAAGGCCUGCUUGGGAGUGUCUUGUCAAUAUAAUUUGCAUAACGGUUGAGGUCCUGCUGACGUCAAGGUCUCCUUGCAGCUCCAGGUCAGAUCUAGUCCUGGAAGUAGUUCCUGUCACACAAGAGUCCCACAAUCACCCCACCAACCUUGCUUCCUACCCAACUCCCGAAGCACCAGGAAGUGAAACAAAGACCCGUGCCUCCAACUCACCCUUGUCCUUCUCAUCCCAUCCCCCAGGGUUCCACUUCCUCCUCCUCCUUUUCACCUUCCAUCUCCUAUCCUAAAGGGCUCCCAGAAUGGGAACCAGAGGUGGGAAAAGCAUGGGAAACAUUAUACGAAAGUGAGGUGAGCUCCCCUACCCCCACUGCCACCCCCAAUUUCCUUAUUUCAUUUUGUAUCCACCAGUGUAAGGAGAGGCAAACCAUUUCUCAUGCAAACUGAGAUAACCUCUUUGAUGCUGGAAAUGUUUUAUCCCAAGGGUGGAUUUACCGCACAGUCAUAUUUGAAUCAGAAGUUUCAUUGGGCAGUUUUGAAUAGUCCUAUGGGAAGGGAGACCUCUGUCAAGGGUAAGUUUCUCAGAGAAAAAGGGUCAACCUCUUGGAAAGGCUUCGGGACCCAUCUGUGUGGUCAUCCAUGGCCUCAUUCUGACGUCCAAAUUGUCCUGGGACCCUCCACUGGGGUUGGGGCAGUCCCAGAUUUGGACCACCCUCCACUCCCACGCCCAGCCUCACAGUCUCAGCUGUUUCACUGAACGUUGCAUCAGGGAUGGUGAUGAAAUCAGUGUCAGUGGAUUUUACCCAUGGAUGCAACAGGCUGAAGGACCAGCCAGGGCUGUUGACACUGUGCACCUUCAACUACUCAGAACCCUUGGACUUUCUAGCCAUGGGGAAGGGCUGGGUGCUGGAAUAUCUCAGUUGGAUUUCUAGCCCUGCUUAUACUGGUGUCCCCCACCCCCAUAUCACCUGAAUCCCACAGAGCCCAAGAAACUUGGGCCAGUGAGGUUGAAGAAUCAGAUGGUUCUUAGCAACAGCUCUCUCCUUCCAACAGCUCUCCUAGCCUCCAGAAUGAGGCCUGAAGGGAGGGAGCGAUAAUACCUUAUGCCGAACUUACGUAGCUUCCCAGCUCACAAAGUGCCUCUGUGUCCAUUCUCUCCCAGUGCAAAUAACACUGUGCCCAACAGAGAAAAAGCCCCUUUAUUCUUAGAUUGAGGACAUCAGGUGGGAACCAAACUUCAUUCCAAACUGAGCUUGCCAUCCUAUUGGGGGAUAAAUGAAUGCUUCUGUUUUGGUUUUUACUCAGGCCGGAGGAGGUGAGGAAAUUAAGUUUGAAGAGGGGGGGAUAUAGCUUAGAGAGGCAAAAAAGAUGAGGGAAAAGUUAAGCAGGAAGGAACUCGAGACUAGAUUCAUUUAAAUAUUCGUUACUCCCACCCCCACCCCGUUCUACAGCCACUUCUAUUCCUGGAGAGCAUUACACAUAAGUCCCAUCCCAGGCCUGCAGCCACAGCAACCACACGACUCAUUUCCCCUGGAACUGAGGCUACUUACCUGGGCUCCCCACGGAGGGGGAUGAUGCAGGGAGGGGAAUCCCACCUGCUGUGAGUCACCUGCUAGUAUAAAGGGCGGGUCUUACAAAGCAGGGACCUUAAAAAGACUCAGAGACAAGGGAGAAAAUCUACAGGAAGCAGCUCAGAAACUCGGUGAACGACAGAGGGAACCAAACCAGAGACGCAGAGAACACAGAGAAUCAGGCUCAGAGCAAGGGGAAGUGCACAGAGAUUCCACAGGGGCUGCAAGGCACGGAGCCCGCCAGAUCUGAGAAGCAGGCAGCGAGAUGCUGGGGAGCAGAGCUCUGCUGCUGCUGCUGCUGCUGCCCUGGACUGCUGCGGGCCGGGCUGUGCCUGAGGGCGGCAGCCUCGCUUGGGCUCGGGGCCAGCAGCUCUCACAGCAACUCUGCAUGCUGGCCUGGAGUGCACAUCAACCAAUGGGACAUGUGGAUCUCCCAAGAGAAGGCGGAGAUGAUGACACUACAGAUGACGUCCCCCACAUCCAGUGCGGGGAUGGCUGUGAUCCACAAGGACUCAGGGACAACAGUCAGUCCUGCUUGCAAAGGAUCCACCGAGGCUUGGUUUUUUACGAGAAGCUGCUGGGCUCAGAUAUUUUCACAGGGGAGCCUUCUCUACUCCCCGAUGGCCCUGUGGGCCAGCUUCAUGCCUCCCUACUGGGCCUCAGGGAACUCUUGCAGCCUGAGGGUCACCACUGGGAGACUGAGCAGACUCCAAGCCCCAGUCCCAGCCAGCCGUGGCAGCGCCUCCUGCUCCGUCUCAAGAUCCUUCGCAGCCUCCAGGCCUUUGUGGCUAUAGCUGCCCGGGUCUUUGCCCAUGGAGCAGCGACUCUGAGCCCCUAA